ACCACGUGAAAAUCGAUCAAAGACAUGACAGCUCACUGCUGACGUGACCCGCGAAAUCGCACCGUAUAUACCGUAUACCGCCAGGUUAUCCAUUUCUUGGUACUUCCUCUGCACGUUCUCCUUCUCUGCCUCCUCCAGAAAAACGUAAAAAUGGCCGGGUCCCUUGCAAAAUUAGGCCGUGCUUUUGUUGCAGCAGCAAGGACUGAAUCACCUCGAUGUGUCCAGCCUGUUUCUGUCGCAGUAAGUUCCACUCAGCAAAGAAAUUAUUCUGAUAGGAAGCGGAUUGAGGUAGCCAAGCCUGUGGUCGAGCUCGAUGGCGAUGAGAUGACAAGAGUUAUCUGGGAGAAGAUCAAGGAAACGUUGAUCUUUCCCUACCUGAAUGUUGAAUGCUUAUACUAUGACUUGGGUCUUCCUUACCGUGACCAAACCAAUGACCAAGUCACCGUCGAUGCUGCUAUGGCCAUCAAGGAACAUAACGUCGGAAUCAAGUGUGCUACCAUCACUCCAGAUGAAGAACGUGUAGUGGAAUUUAACCUGAAGGAGAUGUGGAAGUCUCCUAAUGGAACGUUGAGGAACAUCCUUGGAGGAACAGUAUUCCGUGAGCCCAUCCUCUGUGAUACCAUCCCCCGUCUGGUUCCUGGUUGGACCAAGCCCAUCACCAUCGGCCGUCAUGCUUUUGGCGACCAGUACCGUGCGACAGACAUGGUGAUCAAGGAACCAGGUAAAUUUGAGCUUGUCUUCACCCCAGCGAGUGGAGGAGAGCCCACAAGGACAGAGGUCUUCAACUUCCCAGGAGGUGGAUGUGGUAUGGCCAUGUACAACACAGAUGAGUCCAUCACAGGGUUUGCACACAGUUGUUUCCAGUAUGCUCUAGCCAAGAAGUGGCCUCUUUACAUGAGCACAAAGAAUACCAUCCUCAAGAAAUACGAUGGAAGAUUCAAAGAUAUCUUUGAAGAGAUCUAUCAAGCGAACUACAAGAAGGACUAUGAUGCAGCAGGUAUCUGGUAUGAACAUCGUCUUAUUGAUGACAUGGUAGCUCAAGCUCUCAAGUCAAGCGGAGAGUUUGUGUGGGCUUGUAAGAACUACGAUGGUGAUGUCCAGUCAGACGUCGUUGCUCAAGGUUAUGGAUCUCUAGGAUUGAUGACCAGUGUGCUAGUAUGUCCAGAUGGUAAGACCAUUGAAGCUGAAGCAGCCCACGGAACAGUCACGCGGCACUACAGAGAACAUCAAAAGGGCAACCCAACCAGCACCAACCCCAUUGCCAGUAUAUUUGCAUGGACCCGUGGUCUGGAGCACAGGGCCAAGCUUGACGGCAACGAUGACCUGAGGCGCUUCUGUACCACCCUGGAGAAGGUCUGCGUGGACACUGUAGACUCUGGCAAGAUGACCAAGGACUUGGCUGGUUGUAUCUAUGGGCUGAAGAAUGUGAAACCAGAGCAUUACCUCAACACUAUGGAUUUCCUCAAUGCCAUCUCUGAGAACCUGGACAAAGCUCUGAAGUAAAGGUGUAACCUUACCCAAACCAAAGAUACAUACAUCAACCCGUCCCUAGACGAAGGCAGCUUGUGUCUUCGUUGCCCCGGAUUAAAUAUUGAAUACUACACAGAUAUCACCUCACAAACUCUCACACCUUCUUGAAUUUUACUUGACAAUCAACUGAAAUGAAAGUCUGAUUGUUAAGGACGAGAUGUAUUUGUUGUGCUUGGAAUACAUUGGCAAGGAUGUUUGAUGUAUGCUGGUGUGGUGAGAUUGGACAAAGAUAUUGAUCAUUCCUAGUUUAAGGGAUGAACUUGUGGUAAGGGAGGGCCAAGGACAUCUAGAAUUUGUAUUCCCUUUUUACUUAUACUGAAAUCAUUCAUAUUUUAGUUCAAGAUUUUCCAGUUAAAUUUGUGUUAUUUCCCCAGGACCUAUGUCAGUUGCAAUUAUAAAAAAUGAUGAUUUACGUGUAGCUUCAAUAAAACAAACAUUUAGAAAAAACAUUGAUAUUUGAAUCAUGUUAACAGUAACCCAUCUUCAUAACACAUUGCAUAAUACUCUAACUCUGAAUGCCCUGGAAGAAAUUUAAACAUAUCCAUUCUAAUU